GCGCGCUGCCAGCGUUACUUCCUUCCUGAAUCCUGGUUUAGACAGUCAUGCUGUUACAGCCCAUGUAGCGUUAGCGUUAGCCUGCCAGCUCGAGCCUUCUGACAGGAAUGCUAGCCUUUAGUUAGGCUAACAGUCUUUUCAUUUACAUUAGCCAAAUAACGCCAAGCACUAUGGAUUUAUUAGCAUCAAAUCCGCACGGUAAUGGAUUACUUUAUGCUGGAUUCAACCAGGAUCACGGAUGUUUUGCGUGUGGAAUGGAAAAUGGAUUCAGGGUUUAUAACACAGACCCUCUUAAAGAAAAGGAAAAGCAAGAGUUUCUUGAGGGAGGAGUUGGUCAUGUGGAGAUGCUUUUUCGAUGCAAUUAUCUUGCGCUUGUUGGAGGAGGGAAAAAACCAAAGUACCCUCCCAAUAAAGUGAUGAUUUGGGAUGACCUCAAGAAAAAGACUGUGAUCGAGAUUGAGUUUUCCACGGAGGUCAAAGCUGUUAAGCUUCGCCGUGACAGAAUUGUGGUGGUCCUGGAUUCCAUGAUUAAAGUCUUCACGUUUACUCACAAUCCUCAUCAGCUGCAUGUCUUUGAAACCUGCUAUAACCCUAAAGGUUUGUGUGUCUUGUGCCCAAACAGCAACAAUUCCCUGCUAGCGUUCCCAGCCACUCACUCCGGACACGUUCAGAUCGUAGAUCUGGCCAACACGGAGAAGCCGCCGGUGGAUAUUCCUGCGCACGAAGGAGCUCUGUGCUGCAUCGCGCUCAACCUGCAGGGCACACGGAUAGCCACGGCAUCAGAAAAAGGGACCCUGAUCAGAAUAUUUGACACCUCAGCAGGUCAUCUUAUUCAGGAGCUCAGAAGAGGAUCGCAAACUGCCAAUAUAUACUGCAUCAAUUUCAACCAGGAUGCCUCUCUUAUCUGCGUCUCGAGUGACCACGGCACAGUCCACAUAUUUGCUGCAGAGGAUCCCAAAAGGAACAAGCAGUCCAGCUUGGCGUCGGCCAGUUUUCUCCCCAAGUAUUUCAGCUCCAAAUGGAGUUUCUCCAAGUUCCAGGUCCAGUCCGGUUCCCCCUGCGUCUGUGCCUUUGGAACAGAACCCAACGCUGUCAUAGCUAUUUGUGCUGAUGGCAGCUACUACAAGUUUCUCUUCAACCAAAAAGGGGAGUGUUCGAGGGAUGUUUACUCUCAGUUCCUGGAAAUGACUGACGAGAAGAUCUGAGCGUAGACACUACUUCACUUUCUUUCCUGACAUCUCCAAAGGACUCGAGUGGCGUUUUGGAGAUGAGCGUGACACAGACAUGGAGGAGAGACCAAAAGAACCUCUAAAUGCUCUCCAGACUCAAACAGGAGAGACCUUCCUUUCAACAAGCCGAGAGAUGACUGAAAAACUGUGACCGCAGAAAACACAUUCUGUGGAGCGACGAGAGGGAAACCUUUUUUUUUUUUUUUUUUUUUUGAAAGGACGACAUUUUUUAAAAUGGUCUUCCAUGGAUUUUUUUAGCUUUGGAUGUCCUUGGCCAGAUAGCGAGAGCGAUUCUCUUUGUCCACUAACAAAGCCGAGUCUAGGGUAAGGAGCGCCUCUGUGAUUGAGAGCAGCGGUGGGUGUAAACAUGUACAUCACUCACACUAUGUAUUUGAAAACUCUUCGUUAGGGUUAGCAUUGUUUUUCUUGCUGUAUGAAAGCAGGAUACCGGGUGAAAAUGAUGUAACUACAUACUAUUUAGACUAGUAUAACAAAACAGACGUUUUAUGGUGUAAAGGUGCGCUCCUCAUUUCAUGUAACACUUUAUCUUUUUGUUGGCUUUAAGAAAAUCCAAUGAAUAUAAUCAGUGCUUUGUAGAAGUUUUACUUCAGUCACUGUACUAUCACACGAGACGUGACGCACAUACACAGCAUAUUAAGGGAGGAACGAGGAAUCGUGUCGUCAUAUUUAGUCUCUUUAUACUCUUAAUGGAUUAAAAUAAAAUGAUCAGCUCUAAAGUCCUGUUUUCUUCUCACAUUGAUACUUUACAAGAGGUUAAUUGUAAGGUAGAUUGUACACUAUUUAAACCUGGUUGCAUCGAACCGCAUCUUUUUGUUUAUUAGCUGUAGAAUUAGCACUUGAUGUAGUUUUGCAGUAUCUUUCUCUUUUACAGACUAAUGCGCUCAAAUUCUGGCAAAGUGCCCAGUCUUGCACCUGAAGAACAGUGUUUUUAAGUUUUUGUCUAAAUUCUUUUAACCGUUCUUUGAAAUGUAUCUAUAAGCUAUUUUGUUACUCAUUUGAUGCUUUUGUCAUUGAUAACGUGCAAGUGAUGCGUAUAAUUUCAUGAAGAUGAUGAUGAUGCCCACAGUUCAGUAUCAUAUGACAAAUUAAAGAUGUUUGUAAACUCAAGAAUGGCUCCAGGUCC